GGGCGGUGCACCGCCACCGCUUCCGCCGGGCUAUGGGGCUGCGCGUGGUGCCGCGGCCGGUCCCGGCGCUGCUGCUGCUGCUGCUGCCGGCGCUCCUACUGGUGCGCGGGCUUGGGGUGGCUGUGUCCCUGCCGCCGCGCCCCGCGCAGGCUGCAGUCUCGUCGCUGCCCGCCGUGACGAACGGGAGCCAGCCAGGCACGCCACACAACAGCACGCACGCGCGCCCCCCAGGGCCGCCGGGCUCGCCGCUGCUGCGCUCCUUCUACGUGCUGACAGGCUUGUGCGGCCUGGCCGCACUUUACUUCCUCAUCCGGGCCUUCAGGUUGAAGAAGCCGCAGCGGAGGAGGUACGGCCUCCUGGCCAACACCGAGGACCCCACCGAGAUGGCCUCGAUGGACAGCGAUGAGGAGACGGUCUUUGAGACCAGGAAUCUGAGAUGAUACUGAGGUGGGGAGGCGGCGUUUCCAGUGGCCCUGGGGGAUGGACAAGAGAUGGGACCCACUUCAGUGUCCAGCACGUCCCUCCUGUCUUCCUGCUGGCCCCAGUGCCUCACCAAGUGCCAGCCUGAGUGUUUCUGCUGGAACCUGUGCCACCACCUGCCUGUCUGCCUUCCCUGAUCCUCUCUGCCUGGACAGCACAGCCUGGUCUCCCCGAUGCCGCCUCAGCCUGGCCAGCAUUCCAGGUGGUGGAAGCCGGAGGGGCCCCAACAGCUGCUGCCCAGGGCUCUGAGGCCCCCUUGCCGGACUGUGACUUGUGCAGCUCCCUGUCCCCUAUGGGCAGGGGGCCUGAGAGGCUUGUCUGGGAGUGCCUUCCUGCUGGGCUGGGAACAAUAAACAUAGCACUGUUUCUGUA